AUGGAGCCCUUGAAGAACCUCUUCCUCAAGAGUCCUCUCGGGUCAUGGAAUGGCAGCGGCAGUGGGGGCGGUGGCGGUGGCGGUGGAGGCCGGCCAGAGGGGCCCUCGAAGGCAGCAGCUUAUGCCAACCCAGUGUGGACAGCCCUGUUCGACUACGAGCCCAGUGGGCAGGACGAGCUGGCCCUGCGGAAGGGCGACCGUGUGGAGGUGCUGUCCCGGGAUGCAGCCAUCUCAGGAGAUGAGGGCUGGUGGGCGGGCCAGGUGGGUGGCCAGGUGGGCAUCUUUCCAUCCAACUAUGUGUCUCGGGGUGGCGGCCCACCCCCCUGCGAAGUGGCAAGCUUCCAGGAGCUGCGACUGGAGGAGGUGAUCGGCAUUGGUGGCUUCGGCAAGGUUUACCGUGGCAGCUGGCGAGGCGAGCUGGUGGCUGUGAAGGCAGCUCGCCAGGACCCCGAUGAGGAUAUCAGUGUGACAGCUGAGAGUGUUCGCCAAGAGGCCCGGCUUUUCGCCAUGCUGGCACACCCCAACAUCAUUGCCCUCAAGGCCGUGUGCCUAGAGGAGCCCAACCUGUGCCUGGUGAUGGAGUACGCGGCUGGUGGGCCCCUCAGCCGUGCCCUGGCUGGGCGGCGUGUGCCUCCCCACGUGCUGGUCAACUGGGCUGUGCAGAUUGCCCGUGGGAUGCACUACCUGCACUGCGAGGCCCUGGUGCCUGUCAUCCACCGUGACCUCAAGUCCAACAACAUUCUGCUGCUGCAGCCCAUUGAGGGUGAUGACAUGGAGCACAAGACCCUGAAGAUCACCGACUUUGGCCUGGCCCGAGAGUGGCACAAAACCACACAAAUGAGUGCUGCAGGCACCUAUGCCUGGAUGGCUCCUGAGGUUAUCAAGGCCUCCACCUUCUCUAAGGGCAGCGAUGUCUGGAGCUUUGGGGUGCUGCUUUGGGAACUGCUAACUGGGGAGGUGCCCUACCGUGGCAUCGACUGUCUUGCCGUGGCCUACGGGGUGGCCGUUAACAAGCUCACACUGCCUAUCCCAUCCACCUGCCCCGAGCCCUUCGCACAGCUCAUGGCCGACUGCUGGGCGCAGGACCCCCACCGCAGGCCUGACUUCGCUUCCAUCCUGAAGCAGUUGGAGGCGCUGGAGUCGCAGGUCCUGCGGGAAAUGCCGCGGGACUCCUUCCAUUCCAUGCAGGAAGGCUGGAAACGCGAGAUCCAAGGCCUCUUCGACGAGCUGCGGGCCAAGGAAAAGGAACUACUGAGCCGCGAGGAGGAGCUGACACGCGCGGCGCGCGAGCAGAGGUCCCAGGCGGAGCAGCUGCGGCGGCGCGAGCACCUGCUGGCCCAGUGGGAACUAGAGGUGUUCGAGCGCGAGCUGACGCUGCUGCUGCAGCAGGUGGACCGCGAGCGGCCGCACGUGCGCCGCCGCCGCGGCACGUUCAAGCGCAGCAAGCUCCGGGCGCGCGACGGCGGCGAACGGAUCAGCAUGCCGCUGGACUUCAAGCACCGCAUCACCGUGCAGGCCUCACCUGGCCUUGACCGGAGGAGAAACGUCUUCGAGGUCGGGGCUGGGGAUUCGCCCACCUUCCCCCGGUUCCGGGCCAUCCAGUUGGAGCCUGCAGAGCAGGGCCAGACAUGGGGCCGCCAGUCCCCCCGAAGACUGGAAGACUCAAGCAAUGGAGAGCGGCGUGCCUGCUGGGCCUGGGGUCCCAGUUCCCCCAAGCCUGGAGAAGCCCAGAAUGGGAGGAGAAGGUCCCGCAUGGACGAAGCCACGUGGUACCUGGAUUCAGAUGAUUCAUCCCCCUUAGGAUCUCCUUCCACAACCCCAACACUCAACGGAGGCACUGUCUCACCCCCGCCGGGAAUAUCACGCUCUGCUCCUGGCACCCCAGGCACCCCACGCUCACCACCCCUGGGUCUCAUCAGCCGACCGCGGCCCUCACCCCUUCGCAGCCGCAUCGACCCAUGGAGCUUCGUGUCAGCUGGGCCACGGCCUUCACCCCUGCCCUCGCCACAGCCUGUGCCCCGCCGGGCACCCUGGACCUUGUUUCCAGACUCAGACCCCUUCUGGGACUCCCCACCUGCCAACCCCUUCCGGGGAGGCCCCCAGGACUGCAGGGCGCAGACCAAAGACAUGGGCGCCCAGGCCCCAUGGGCACCAGAGGCAGGGCCUUGAAUGGGCCAGGCCACUCCCUCAUGCUCCAGCUGCCUUAGAGGAGCCACAGCAUACACUGGAACAGGAGCCAGGCAAGGCUCUAUAGCUGCCUCGGUUUCCCCCAGGGACCCCACCCCUUUUGGGGGUAAGGAACACUACACUGCACAGGAAGCCUUCACACUGGAUGGGGGGUCUGCGCCCCCACACCUGCAACCUGUAAGUCCUCCUGACUUACCUGCCCCACUGGGGCCUGACACUGUACCCAGCUGGUUGGGAGGACCAGAGCAUGUCUCAGGGAAUUGCCCCCAGGGGUGGUGCAGGGAGGAGGGGAGGUGCAGGAGAGAGGGGCCGGCUUCAGCUGUCACCAGCACUUUUGACCAAGUCCUGCUACUGUGGCCCCUGCCCCAGGGCUUAGUGCCUGGACCCCCUGCCCUGGGGUCAUCUGGGGUCAGGGUCCUCUGGGUGCCUUCCUGCUGCCCCAGCCAGGGUUAGGGCCUUAGCCUCGGGAUCCAAUGAAGCCAAAUAAACUCGUAAGCUGUCUCCCCAAA